CGUGCAGUCAGCUGUAUAAAACAAGCCCGCGAUCGGUCCCCUGGUACCUUCCACCUCCGACUCAUUCACAAACCGAGUGAAGCGAGACUUCUAAGGGACUUUCGGACUCUUUAAGGAUACUUUUGAGGGAAAAAAAUGGAUCCCUGCGAUUGCGCCAAGAGUGGAACUUGCAACUGUGGUACCAGCUGCAAGUGCACUAAUUGCAAGUGUACCACUUGCAAGAAGAGCUGUUGCCCCUGCUGCCCGUCUGGUUGCAGCAAGUGCGCCUCUGGCUGCGUGUGCAAGGGCAACUCCUGCGGCACCAGCUGCUGUCAGUGAGGACGUCCACGUGCUGUUACAACAAUGUGAACUUGUUCGUCUGUGCCGCUUCGUUUUUGUUUGCAUCGCAUGAAUGUCUUUUUUACAAGAUAAUAAAUGGGCUCCUUUUUUUGUUCUCUCCAAUCUUGACUGUUUAAUGUUGCUUAAUCGUUUAACAAAGGCUAAAGAGGGAAAACAAUGCACUGAUUUGUACUCCUGCAAAUAAGACUAUCGCAAGAUGUGUCGUCUUUAUAAAUGGACAACUGUAAGUUUUUCUGCAAUGUAUCUUGUCUACAAUAUAAAUGUCAGCAUG